AUGGCCGCCUCGCGUCCAAACACCAAGAUCGUCGUUGUGGGUGGUGGCGGCACAAUGGGCUCCUCCACAGCACUACACCUCAUCCGCUCGGGAUAUACGCCCUCAAACAUCACCGUACUUGACGUAUAUCCAAUUCCCUCGGCACAGUCAGCAGGCUAUGAUCUGAACAAGAUAAUGAGCGUCCGGUUACGGAAUAAGCUCGAUCUACAACUUUCACUAGAGGCGCUGGAUAUGUGGAAGAACGACGAAUUGUUCAAGCCUUUCUAUCAUAAUGUUGGCAUGAUAGACUCUUCUUCUUCCAACGAGGGUAUCGCAAACCUCCGACGGAAAUACCAGUCCCUUGUUGAUGCGGGAGUCGGCCUUGAGAAGAUGAAUAUUUGGUUAGAAAGUGAAGAUGAGAUUCUAGCAAAGGUGCCACAAUUUACCAAAGAACAAAUUAAGGGAUGGAAAGGGAUAUUUUGCGCCGACGGAGGGUGGCUUGCUGCAGCUAAGGCCAUUAACGCGAUCGGUGAGUUUCUAAAGAAGCGUGGGGUUAAGUUCGGAUUUGGCGACGUCGGAACUUUCAAACGUCCUCUCUUCGCUGCUGAUGGCACGACAUGCAAUGGCGUGGAGACGGUAGAUGGAACUAAAUACUACGCCGACACGGUGGUUCUGGCGACUGGUGCUUGGAGUCCGACGUUAGUCGAUUUGGAAAAUCAGUGUGUUUCAAAGGCCUGGGUAUUUGCACAUAUUCAACUCACACCCCAAGAAGCCGCUGAGUACAAAGACAUACCUGUUGUAUAUGACGGCGAAUACGGAUUUUUCUUCGAGCCCAACGAAUAUGGAGUAAUCAAAGUCUGCGACGAAUUUCCCGGCUUCUCCCACUUCAAGGAGCACCAACCCUACGGUGCUCCAUCCCCCAAGCUCAUCUCCGUACCUCGAUCACACGCCAAAUAUCCAACAGAUACGUACCCUGACGCCUCUGAGGCAACCAUCCGCAAAGCCAUCGCUAGGUUUAUGCCUCGAUUCAAGAAUAAAGAGCUCUUUAACCGGUCUAUGUGCUGGUGCACGGACACAGCUGAUGCCAACUUGUUGAUUUGCGAACAUCCCCGGUGGAAGAAUUUUAUCCUCGCUACGGGUGAUAGCGGUCAUACCUUCAAGCUCCUACCAAGUAUCGGCAAGCACAUUGUUGAGUUGAUUGAAGGAUCUCUAUCCCAGGAACUAGCACAAGAGUGGAGAUGGCGACCGGGCGGCGAUGCCCUCAAGUCCAGACGCAGUGCCCCGGCAAAGGACCUUUCUGAAAUGCCUGGCUGGAAGCACGACGCGAAGCUAUAA